UCUUAUUGGAUGUGUUUGGUAAGUUGCUUUCUUCAGUUUCGUACCGGAUGCAAGAGGAUUUCCUGUCAGCCACUUCCGCUUAGCUUUAUUCCCGGUACUGAACCGGGACAUACGUCCAAAGAACGUUUACCUAAACUUGAUCGAUCCUCCUGGAUUGAAUCGUCAAUAGUCACACAGCGGAGUCGAACUGCGUCUAUGUGAGCGUUGCAUGUAGAGAGUCACGUGUUGCUCUAAUGGCGGAAGUGAGACUAUUGUCUUCCUUUGCUACUGUCCCACCACAGUCGCUCGUGUACCAACACACCGAACAGAUCCGCAAUGGAGCCGUGGCGCAGUGGCGUGAGUGGAGGGUCGGGUCAAGGCGGCAGACACUCCAGCCCCGCUCCUGCAGCGUCCGCGGCAGCGCAGAGACCCAGAGAGAGGAUCACUCCCUUCCACAGCUCACCCAUCGUCCGCAGUGCAACUCCCAUCAAACGACCGGGCGCAGCGUGUGGACUGAUGCUGGCACCUCCUGGGAGCCAGCUUCUGCACAAACCUGCACAUCAGACCCCUUCACCUGUCAGAGAGGCUCCUGUUGCUGCUGCUGCUGCUGCUGCUCCUGCACGCCCUCCUCCUCCUGCAGCUGAUGCUGCGCCUUCGAGCUCAGAGAACCAGACUAAGUAUUCGUGUUCAGAGGAAGGUUCUCAAUCUAAGCGUCUAAGCAGAAAAUCAGCAAGGUCUGGCCUGAUGCAGUCAGUGAAGUCUGAACCUCCAUCUAACACAGACUGUGGUCACAGCCAGAAAGGAAAAAAUAAAGUCAAACCUCAAUUGGCUUUGAAGAAAAAAAAGAGGAAGAUGGGAAUGUAUAAUCUGGUUCCUAAGAAAAAGGCCAAGGCCCUGAAACCGCAUGAAAAGGCUGCUGCUUUUCAUGAUCCAGAAGUGAAGAAAUUGAAGCCAGGACCACAUGGGAAGAAGAUCCAAGCUGCUGAAAGUGAAAAAGCAACUGUUCUAUGCGAGUCCUCAAAAGCCAGCGAACAAGUGACUGUUGAGUCCCAGGUGGAACUGGUAUCAAAAGUAGGCUGUCACGUUGAAUACACAGAGCUGGCUUUAGACUGUCUGGACCUGAAGGCUCAGGAAGAGCUACUGUCAGCCCCAACGUCUGGUGUAGAUGCUGAGAUGACAGAGAGUGACCUUGCUGAAGAGCUACCUCUGUGCUGCUGUCGUAUGGAGACUCCACACGGGGGCAGUUCCACUUUGGAUCAUAUCUGCAUGGCAAUGGAAAGUUUGGACGGAAUGCUGAUUCGUUGCCAGAAGCGAGUGGUGAAGAAAGAGAUGAUGCGGCCCUCCAACACAGUCCAUCUGCUGGUUUUGUGUGAAGACCAUCGGUCUGGCAUGGUCAAGCACCAGUGCUGUCCUGGCUGUGGACUUUUCUGCAGUGUGGGCACCUUUAUGGAGUGCAGGCCAUAUAGCGGCAUCUCCCACCGCUUUCACCAUGACUGCGCCUCCAUCUUAAAGGAUGGCAGGUUUUGUCCCCACUGUGGAGAGAAUGCAACUAGGGCAAAAGUGGUUACAUUGCCGAAGGCUGAUCUGUUACCCUCAGCACCCAGAUCAGAUUCUGGGGCAUUUGUUCCAACUGUGUCAACUGUGGCCACCCCACUAUCUGUACCAAACAUUGGUGCGUUUCCACUGAUACUCAGAGCUAAGAAGACAAGUGGGGCCCAUAGAAGCAGAGAUGACAGCCAGAGCAGGGUCAAUGGUGAGAAUGGUUGUGCUACAGACAGACGACCUAGAGAGUCUCUAGAAAGCAUCCUUACAGCACUGGAUGAUGAGAACCUCAGACCAAAGCGAAUAAAGUACCCCACCAGCCAGCUGUACACCUCAGCUAAACACGGAGAGCUUCAGAAGGUCAUUCAUCUCCUAGUUGAUGGAAAAGACCCCAACCUUUUAAUGGAUGGACAAAACAAACAGACCCCACUUCAUGCAGCAGCUACAGAAGGUCACCAGGAGAUCUGUCACAUGCUGGUGCAGGCUGGAGCCAAUCUGGACAUGUUGGAUGAGGAGCAGAGGACUCCACUGAUGGCAGCCUGUGAAAACAACCAUCUGGACACUGUAAAGUACCUCCUCAGAGCUGGAGCAGCCGUUGGCCACAAGGAUGUCACAGGGUUCACCUGUCUACAUCUUGCAUCUAAACUGGGGCAUUAUGAUAUAGUCAGUCACCUGCUCUCCAAAGCAUCCAGAUACAUUAACUGUCAGGAUGAUGGUGGAUGGACUCCCAUUACAUGGGCCAUUGAGAAUAAACACAAGGAGCUCGUGUUCCUCCUACUGGCCAGAGGGGCCAACGUUAAUAUCAGAGACAAGGAAGAGAACGUGUGUCUGCACUGGGCAGCGCUGUCAGGCUGUGAAGACGUUGCCCAGGCUCUACUUGAGGCUCAGUGUGAUCUUAGUGCUGUCAACAUUCAUGGGGACUCGCCACUUCAUGUUGCUGCCAGAGAGAAACACCUUGAGUGUGUGACGUUGUUUUUGUCUCGUGGAGCUGAUGUGAGUCAGAGGAAUAAGGAGGGCGAGACUGCCCUAGACUGCUGCGUCUAUGGCUCCAGAGUGUGGAUGGCCUUAAACACCAACAAGAAGCUGACUGAUGUCAGACGAGGCAGGGACUGCUAUGGAGAGAGGGUCUUCAGCAGGGAUAUUUCUCGAGGAUACGAGGCAGUCCCAAUCCCCUGUGUUAAUGGUAUUGACAGCGAGCCCUGCCCUGAAAACUUUAAAUACAUCCCAGACAACUGUGUCACCUCCACACUGACCAUGGACAAGAACAUCACUCACUUACAGCAUUGCAGCUGUACAGACAAUUGCUCAUCCAGUACCUGCAUGUGUGGUCAGCUCAGUCUGCGAUGCUGGUAUGACAGCGAGGGUCGACUACCACUCGACUUCUGUCAGCAGGAGCCUCCAGUGCUGUUCGAGUGCAAUCAUGCUUGCUCCUGUUGGAGGACCUGCAGGAAUCGAGUGGUCCAGAACGGAAUCAGAGUCCGGCUGCAGCUCUUCCGGACACAGAAGAUGGGCUGGGGAGUGAGGGCCAUGCAGGAGAUUCCUCAGGGGGCGUUUGUUUGCGAGUAUGUUGGCGAGAUCAUAACUGAUGCAGAGGCAGACAAAAGGGAAAACGACUCCUUCCUCUUUACUCUAGACAAUAAGGUAGGAGAUGUACACUGUAUUGAUGCUAGACUCUUUGGCAACAUCGGCCGCUUCAUCAACCACCUGUGUGAGCCCAACCUACUUGCUGUGAAGGUGUUCACCAUGCACCAGGACCUGCGCUUCCCCAGGAUUGCCUUUUUCUCUAGCAGAUCAAUCAAAGCUGGAGACCAGCUAGGGUUUGACUACGGCGAUCACUACUGGAGGGUGAAAAGCAAGUACUUCAGCUGCCAGUGUGGUUCUGCGAAGUGUCGUUACUCUGCUGUUAAUGCAAAAGCCUGCUGAUUACCAAAGGACCAUCACAGUACCAGAUAUCAUGUAAGAGUGAGUCUAGUUUGAUGGAUGUGUCCUUUUAAAUUGGGUCUUAAUUAGUUCGUCAAAGGGCGCUCAUGACUGAGCAUCUUGCAUGAUGUUUUUCAUUAAUGGGCUUCUGAUUUCUUCUGUCAACAUUUAUUUUACUGUGUUUCUGUUGAGCAAUAAACAUAUUUUACUAAUG